UUCCCGUCUCCGGAGUCACGUGUCUGAUCAGCUGUUCUGCGGCACAUCCGCCUGACUCGCGCGAGAGUGUUUACAUGCAGACAGCACGGGGCAGAAUGUGCAAACCCGCGUGAAGCAUUGCAGAUUAAAGAUUAGUGGACUGUGGUCUCCACUGUGAUCAGGCCUAUGAGGAGAACCAAGCGAGUGUGACAGACAUGCAGCAUCCAAACUUCGAAACACGACACCCGCUGCAGCAGGAAGAGCAGGAGACCGGUUACGACCCUCUACAGAACUACAACAGGAACAGAGAGCGAGGAUCACUGGAUAGUGCUUUUGAGUCCACGUUUCAGUCAUACAGAAAGGAGUGGGAUAGUUUGUUCCAGAACAGUAACUAUCUGGCGCAGAUCAGGCAGGCUGGUAUUAACGGACAGCUACGGAGCAGCCGAUUCCGCAGCGUAUGCUGGAAGCUUUAUCUGGACGUCCUGCCAGAAGAUAAGACUCGGUGGAUCAGUCGUACCAAGGAGCACAGAGCCCAGUAUGAGAAGAUCAAGGAGACGCAUAUUACAAACCCUCGCAAAGCUGCUGGCCAACAGGACCUGGUGGUGAACAACCCACUGUCACAGGAUGAAGGGAGUCUAUGGAAUAAGUUCUUUCAGGACAAGGAGCUCAGGGCCAUGAUCAAACAAGAUGUUUUACGAACGUUUCCAGAGAUGCUGUACUUCCAGGAAGAGGAUGUCAGGACAAAGCUGACUGAUAUUCUCUUCUGCUAUGCACGAGAGAACGAACAGCUACUCUAUAAGCAGGGCAUGCAUGAGUUACUGGCCCCUAUAGUGUUUGUUCUCCACGGUGAUCACCAGGCGUUUCAACAUGCCAGUGAGACGGCCAAUCCCAGGUCUGACCUAUUUACCACACAGACAAGACCGUCUGAAGACUUGCUGAAGUUAAAGUUUCCAUUUGUUUCUGUUGAAGAGAUGAAAGUCCUUCUGGAUCCUAAAUUCCAUGAGCAUGACGCUUAUGCCAUGUUUUCACUGCUCAUGGAGACAGCAGAACCCUGGUUCAGCAGUUUUGAACGGGAGGUCAGAAAGGGCAAAGAAGAGAUGUUAACCAGCAUCCCCUUCGCAAGACCACAGGACUCGGGCCCUUCUGUGGCCAUUGUGACCAAAGUCAACCGAAUUCAGGACCAGCUACUAAAGAAACAUGACAUUGAGCUGUACAUGCACCUCAACAGACUAGAAAUAGCUCCCCAGAUUUAUGGCAUUCGCUGGGUUCGACUGCUGUUUGGUCGGGAGUUUUCCCUGCAGGAUCUGUUGGUGGUCUGGGAUGCUCUUUUUGCCGACAGCAUCACUUUGGACCUGGUGGAUUACGUGUUUGUCGCUAUGCUUCUGUACAUCAGAGAUGCAUUGAUCGCUAGUAACUUCCAAACGUGUCUCGGGCUCCUGAUGCACUAUCCUCCUAUUGGAGACAUCCACUCUCUGCUGCUGAAAGCACUCUUUCUCAGAGACCCUAAGAAUAAUCCAAGACCUGUAAACUACCAGUUCCAGCAAAACCUUGAUUACUACAAAACCCGUGGGGCCGACUUGGUCAACAAGACUCGGGCCAGCACUAAAGUAGCACCUCUCAACAUUAAUAAAGUAUCCAGUUCUCUUCUUAAUUUUGGCCGGAAGCUCAUCGCGCCAAUGGGAGGUGUCUCCAGCGGCAUUUCGCCAAUUAACAGUGAGGUGAUAUCAGCUCCUCCCCCUCAAGCUCCUGUGCCACACCCAUUGGCCGAGCCUUCACCAUGCACUGCCCCCUCCAACACGCAGAUAAAAUCACAGCUAUUUCCGCAAACGCAUCAUCAGCACCGGUUGCUGAAGUCUGAAAGUAUGCCGGUGCACCUCAGCAAAGAUGUAGGUUCUUGUGGAGCUUCUCAGAUAUCUCUCCCUGCCCAGAUUCACUCUGAUACCCCAGGCCACACCUCCAGGACAGUUAGCUCCUCCCCUAGCACUGAGAGUUUGUCUGGUGGGCGGGAUCAUGCAAUGUCUUCCCCUCCUCUGUCGGUGUCCAGGGGCCGAGACUCCAGCACAUCAUCUCCUCCCCCCUCUGCCACAAAGAAAGACUCUUUCCUUAAUAUCAGUCGCUCGCGGUCCCACAGUAAAACCAUAAAUAAGAAGGAUGUGGAGGAGUUGGAGGCCCAGGUCUCAUUCUUACAGGGUCAGAUUAAUGACCUAGAGGCCAUGAGUAAAUAUUGUGCCAAGAUGAUGAACAUGCACAUAGGCAAAAUUCAAGAUGUGAUACUGCAGGAGCAUCUGGAGAAGGAAGAUGAGGUUCUAGUGUCACUUGCUGGACUAAAACAGAUUAAGGACAUCCUGAAGGGGGCUCUCCGUUUCAACCAGAGCGAGCUGGAGUUAGAGGAGAAUGAGAUCACCAUAGCAGAUGAUCACUACUGCUCUAGCCAGUAUAGCACACUAAAGGACCAGAGUGAUCCAGACAAUUUGUCUGAAGACACAGCUGGUUCUACUAUCAUACAGCAGAAGACACCAGAGCAGAGCAACCACCAGGAAGGAGACGUGGUAGCCGAGAUAGAAGAGGACGAGCAGGAGGAGGAAAAGGUCUUGACAACUGAGAACAUCGCCACAGUACCAGAGCCACAGGCCACUGAAGGGAGAAACUGGGACGACUACAUCUUGGUCUUGCAGGAUGAUGAGCCAUCUGAGAGUGAAGAGCAAAGCAUAACCACCACAGCUCCACUCUUUAAGCACGUACAAGGCUUAAACAAGGUGGAUUUUCAAGACCCUCUGAUGGGGACCACAUCGGGGUCCUCCAGUCCAGAUGACAGCAGCACUCACAGCAAGGACUCUGAUUUCACUAUUGUUAAUCCUACUGACGUUUGAACUUGGAUUCCCCCUAAAUUUGACUGGACCCAUCUUCAACACUUAAGAAACUCUGCUGGAUGUUUGCACAUAUGAACUGAUUGCCCCAUGUGCUCAAUGCCCCAUAACUGAAUUUUUCUUUUCCCCCACCCCCAAAUAUAAGACCCAAUACCAUGGAUCCUUUGCUCCGUUGCCAAAAUGUCGAAUCCAAAGCCAUAAAAAGCAGCCUCAACUCAAAUGAGAUUCUCCAGUCUGUAAUUUUCUUUGAAAAUGCCCUUACGGCUGAAAGUUUUGGACAUCACGUUUUAUGUGGAAAACCUAUAUUUGUUUUCUCCUAAAUCAAUAUCCUGUGAAAUGCAUUUAACACACUCUCUGCCUCAGAUAAAAGCUGUAUUUGCUACAGUUCUCCCUCUAUCUCGGUCUUUGUCCUUUUUUUUUUUUUGGAGUACUACUGCUAGUGUUGUAUGAUAAAGGUGUGACACGGACAGGUGCUUAAUCUAGAAGUAGAGCGCUUUAGUAUCAAUAUGCUCAUUCACUCACUCGUCUUUACUGAUUUCCCAUGAACCAGUGCCUGAACGGUUGUUCAUUUUUGUCUGUAUUUUCUUUUCUUUUUUUAGAUUUUCCUAUUUUAGUUCAUAGACCAAAACAUAGUCAUUUGUUAAAUUAUGGAUUUUUUUUCUCCAUAUUUGUCAUUAUUUUUAAGCCGAUGACAUGUGAAACUUUUAUGUUAUAGUAUUUCUCUGAUGUCAGUAGCCUCAUUUUUGUCUUGGCUCCCGUGGUAACUGUGUAUUGUCUUGCACAUGACACAAGGGAUGUUUCUAAUACUGAUAUCCUAUUAACUCUGGAUGAAUAAAAAGCAUUACUCUUGUCUAAUCCAAA